AUGACAGUCACCUCUGUGAUAGACAAAAUCGCGCCACUGGUACGCCAAAAAGACAACAAGUUGGCGCUGGAGCGCUUGCAGAAAAUCGCACUAGAGGUGGCUCCUGUGAUGCGCUCGUUCGGAUUCAAAGUGGGCACCCUAUGUGAGUUUUUCCCCAAAAAUCCCCAGCUUCUAGGUCUGAACGUGAACUCCGGCGCAAAAAUAUGUCUCCGUUUGCGAUAUCCGCACGCCAAGGACACCUUUCUACCGCUGGAAGACGUAAUUGAGACGAUGCUGCAUGAACUCAGCCACAACAAGUAUGGCCCGCACGAUAACAAUUUCUACCGACUGCUGGACCAGCUGCGAGACAAGUACCACUCCAUCAAGCGGAACGGGGCCCUGAAAGAGACAGGAUACGUGGCCGAAAGCCAGGUGUUAGGAGGCCGCAAAAAUGGACUGAUCAGAGAGAUGCGAUUCAAAAAGCUCGGACAGGUCAAAUAUGUGGCAAAAGUCGAGAAAUUGGGCUCUAAUAAACCAAAACAGAACAAGAGCAUGCGCGAGUUGGUGCUCGAGGCUGCCGAAAGAAGAGCCAGAGACGCGAAGACAUGCACCGAAGACCCUGAGGCGGUGCCCAACGAGGACGAGCUGGUCCAGGUCGACAAGCCUGUACCGGAAGUCAUCGAGAUACCUGACGAAGAUUGA